CAAACCAUUUUUCACACCAAAAACACACACUCACAAAGCAUUAUAAUAUCAUAAAUAUCCUAAUUUCUACUAAUUUUUUUUUUUCAUCCUAUGGCAAAAAUUGCAUGCAUUAUGGUUUUGUGCAUGGUGGUGCUGAUCGUCGCCGCACCCCAUGCACAAGCCCUAACAUGCACAGAUGUCGAUACCUACUUGGCCGACUGCGUUCCCUACCUCACGAACCCAUUGGGUCUUUUAGGAGACUGUUGCGAUGGCGUUAAGAAAUUGAACGCCGCGGCCACCACCACUAUCGAUCGCCAAACAGCAUGCAACUGCGUGAAAGCAGCUGGUUCGAAUACUAUUGGAAUUGAUUGGGUUAAGGCUACUGCUCUACCAACCACAUGUGGUGUUAGUCUUCCAUAUGAUAUCAGUGCAGACUUUGACUGCUCUACGAUCCAGUAAGGAUGAUGAAUUAAUGAUGGAUCAAAUUUUACAACCCCACAAAUUGAGCAAUAAUAAUAAGGAGAAUAAAUAAGAAUAAGUUAUGAUGAGAUCGUUUUUGAUCUUUAUUUAUUUAUAUAUCUCCUUUGUAUUUUAUAUUUACGUUGUUGUCUCUUUUUCUUUUAUGUGUUUUUCCCCUUUUUUGAGUUUAGUACGAUGUAAUAAAAGAGGCGGUUGUAUUGUAAUUCCAUCUUGAUAUAUAUAAAAUAAAAUCGAGCACUUUUAGUUCAAUGUCGAUUCUAUUUAUAUUUCUUUUUUAUUAUAAUUAUUUUCGAGUUUAACUUAUAUAUACUGACUACUGAUCAAUAUGUUAUUUCCUACCAUUGUUUAUUACAAAUUUCAAAGAUUACAAUUAACAGUACUAAUUGCCUAAUUAUAAUCCUCAAUUCAACUUACAAAAAAUAUUGGAUUUGUCAUUACCAUGUAUGUAGAACUUUAAUUUCUUUCAAUAGGAGUACUUCCACUUAAACAUUAAAAUGAAAAUGAGGAAAUUAAAAAUUGCUCUCUUUUUCCAUUUUAUAUCAUAACUAUAUCCUUAUUAGUUCAUUAAAUUUAACUUUAAACUUCACAUUUUAUCUUUAAUUGACAUGAACGAAUCCGAUUUUGUAAUGCAGGGGUCCAUAAGAUGACGAAUGAUCGAUCAAAUUUUACUACCGC